UUUGUUUUUGCCGUGAAAACUUCAUUAAAUCAAAAUGGCGUUUGAUGAAACUACUAAGGAAGUCUUUCAAAGAAACUCAAAGGAACAAGAUGUUGCAGACAUUCAAUUAAAACCUACUAUUCAGAUCAACUCCUCUGAACAUCUCUCUGGGAUUCAAUCACAAAAUUCUGAUAAAAAUGAUGAUUUACUUGUUCAUACCACUUCAAAGGAAAAUCCCAGAGAAAGUGUCAGAAAGCACAGAAGAACUGGAAAGGAUCGUACACGCAAACGAAAAUGAGACCCUAGCUCCUGGAAAAAAGAAAUAAGAAAGACACUUAGACAGAGUGGUCAGCAAUACGUAGGCUCAAACAAUAAAAUACAAAGGGGGAAAUUUAUUAAAGAUUAUUAAAGAGAGAUCACACAGUGUGUCGUUUCAAAUGUAAAAUAAAAAUUAGUAUUGCUGAUCAAGAAACUUUGCACAAACAACACUGGAUUUUGAAUGAUCAAGAAAAGCGUCUUUUCUACUCCCAACUACAAUCGUAAAAAACAAAAAAAGAUGUCGUUUGGCUGAAAAUCCAAAAUUGAAAAAAAAAGUUAUUCAUAUUACUUUAUUGUUUCUGACGAACUCAUACGUGUUUGCAAAGAGUUUUAUCUAUAUACUCUAGAUAUUGAUGAAAAAAGAAUUCAAAAUCACCACUCAACAAAAAAUAAAACAACAGGGACACCUCAACAGUAUAAACGAGGUAAAGUAUCUAAUCGAACUGUCCCAAAUAAUAUUAAAGAUUCUGUACGUAAACAUAUUCAAAGCAUUCCCAGAAUUGGCAGUCACUACUGUCGCAAAAGUACAAACAAAGAUUACAUUCAAGAAAAUCUAAAUAUGAGCAUUUUGUAUGAGAAAUAUUGUGAAAAAUGUGAACAAUGUUGUUCCUGUGAACAAUGUUGUUCCUGCAAAAAAAAGUAUGUAUAGAACAAUAUUUAACACAGAGUUUAAUACUGAAGUUCAUACAUUAAAAAAAGAUAGAUGUGACAAAUGUGAAAGUAUGAAAAUGAAUCCUUCACCUUACUUAAAUGAAACAACAUUACAUGAAAUCCACACAAAAAACAAAGUUGAGACUAAUGAAGAACGUAAUCGUGAUCAACUUGAUAAAAGCAAAUGUAUUGUUUGCUUCGGUAUGGAAAAAGUGUUAAGCCUACCAACAACAAAUGUUUCUAACUUUUUUUACAAACGAAAGUUGACUGUUUUUCAUUUGACUGCACAGUGCUCAAUAUCCAAAAAAAGUUACGGUGCACUCUGGUCAGAGCUUACAAGUCGCCGUUCAGGAAAUGAUAUAGCUAGUGCUCUUCUUGCUAUACUAGAUCAAAUAGUUGCGGAUGAACCUCUUGUUACUAAAAUUUGCUUAUGGAGCGACUCUUGUGUACCACAGAACCGAAAUAGUUUUAUGACGGUUGCUUUAAAAAUUUUCUUACAAAAUCAUCCACAAAUUAAAACAGUCAUUCAGAAAUUUUGUGAGCCAGGACAUAGUGUGAUACAGGAAAUAGACAGUUUGCAUAGUAUUAUUGAAAGAAAUAUGGUAGCUUAAGUGUACAGUCCGAUUGGCCUUGUCAGAAUACUAAAAUACAUUCCUCGAAAGAAUCCAAUCAUGUUGAUUCAAAUUAAAGAAGAGCAGAUGAUGGACUUUUAAUCUGUUGCAAAGAAUUAUUCGUUGCUUAAAAUCAUUCCAUAUGCUAAAGUAAAGGUACUUAAAUACUCAGCAGAUAAGCCAUUGAGUGUGGAAUACAAGAAUACGUUUGAUUGUGAAUAUAAGGUGGAAAAUAUUGUCAACUUUAAAACACGAAACCAAAGUUCAGGUAACAAAAUAAUAAGAAAUCGUGAAACAUUUUUGCAACCAAAGGUGCUUCCAAAAAAAAAAUUAUAUCGAAGGAAAAGGUAGAAGAUCUAAAAUCGAUAAUAAAGUUCAUGCCUCUUCAAGACAAUGAAUAUAUGACAUAAGUAUUGCAGUCAUUUAACUAGUGUUUUGCUUUAACUAUUGGCCAAUGUUCUUUGCUGCAAUUUGCAGCUCUAUUGACUUCUUUAUUUUAUGAACUUUUUAUUAUCUUUUUAAUUUUGAUCAUAUUGUAUAAAUUUUAAUUUGCAGGUCGUUGUACUUAGUUUUUAACUGUAACAGAUUGUUUGAAUUAGUCUUUAAUUCAUAGUAACUACUGCUACCACCUUAAAA